AUGGAGUCUGGAAAACGCAGUAAAAAUUUUACUGAAAGAGAGAAGAUGCUUCUUAUUAAAGUAGCCAAGGAAUUUGUGGCCAUAAUUGACAACAAAAAGACUGACGGGAUUACUGUAGAGGCCAAGAAACAAGCUUGGAUGGCGCUGACAAAUAAAUAUAAUGUUGUCUCGGAAUCUGGAUUUAGGACGGAAAAACAGUUACAUGCCUUAUAUGAUAAUUUAAAGAAAAAGGCUAGAAAACAUUUUAGCAAUGAUAAGUUCAAAUCAUACAAGUCAGGAGGUGGAAUGUUUUGUCAGAAGCAAAUUAAUGAAGCUGCAAUAAUAAACAAAAGGUUAGACAUCUUAAAGAUUCAACAUCAACAUGAACUUAUGAAAUUAGAAAAAACAAAAAUUUUACUGGAUCUUGAUAUUGAGUUAAAGAGAUCUCUUUUAGAAAAUGCAAAAAUGGACUUUGAAUUUAAAAAGAACAAUCUUAAUUUAUAA